AUGCGCGGUGGCGCCCGACCGAGGAGCCGUUGCCAUGGCGGCGCCGCAGCUCGCCCGCCGGGCCCGGGUCUCGCGCUGCGCGUCUUUCAGCGCCUCCCACCGGCUGCACAGCCCGUUGCUGAGCGAUGAAGAAAACCGGAAACUUUUUGGGAAAUGUAACAACCCCAAUGGCCACGGCCACAACUACAAAGUGGAAGUGACUGUGCAAGGAGAGAUCAAUCCUCUUACAGGGAUGGUGAUCAACCUGACGGAUCUCAAAGCCUACAUGGAGGAAGCCAUAAUGGAGCCUCUCGACCACAAGAAUCUGGAUAAAGACGUCCCCUAUUUUGCCGAGCUUGUCAGUACUACUGAAAAUGUUGCGGUGUUCAUCUGGGAUAAUCUCCAGAAGUGCCUUCCGACCGGAGCCCUUUAUAAAGUCAAAGUAUACGAAACCGAGAACAACAUUGUGGUUUACAAGGGAGAAGGAGCUCCUUCCGAGAAGUGAGACGCUCGUAGUUGCCUUUUGUGCUGUUAUUAUUGGUGAACAGCUGUAACUCAGCCGGUCUGGCAACUAUCCAUCCAUCCAUCCAUCCAUCCAUCCAUCCAUCCAUCCAUCCAUCCAACCAUCCAUUGUUGGACUUGUGAGUGUAAAUGUUGAUCUCUUUGUUAAAGAAUCAUGUGAGUGAGCUGAUGUGAAGCAGGUGUUUUAUGCAGCUUGGUGGUCUCAAACCUUCCUGCCGUGCGAGCAUUCAGUUCGAUCUGAGUUAAGAAAAAUUGCAAUUCUUUUUUUUUUUUUUGUUCCUGUUUGUUCCUGUUUCAACAGGAAGUCACUGCUUUUUCCAUGAUGAGUGUGAAUCCCAAGAUCCAGGGCUUCUUUGAACACAGGAGGGAGUUUUCCUGGUCCCAAGCAGCUUACAGGUAGUCCUUAACCUACGACCACAACGGAGCCCAACAUUUCUUUUGUUAAGCGAGACAUUGGUUAAGUGAGUUUUGCCCCAUUUUACAACCUUACUUGCCGCGCUUGUUAAGCGAAUCCAGCUCCCCCAUGGACUUUUUUUUUUUUUUUUUAAUUUGAGUUAUAUGCCGCCCUUCUCCGGAGACUCAGGGCGGCUUACAAUGCGUUAAGCAAUAGCCUUCAUACUUUUGUAUAUUUAUACAAAGUCAGCUUAUUGCCCCCACAAACUGGGUCCUCAUUUCACCUACCUUAGAAAGGAUGGAAGGCUGAGUCAACUUUGAGCCUUGGCGAGAUUCGAACCAGCAGAAAUUGCAGGCAGCUGGUCUUAAUAACAGGGUGCUUUAGACCACUGUACUACCAAGGCUCCUACUGGACUUUGCUGGUCAGAAGGUCAUGAGAGGUGAUCACGUGAUCCCGGGACAUUGCAACGGUCAUAACUAUGGGUCAGAUGCCAAGCAUCUGAAUUUUGAUCACGGGACUGCGGAGAUUCCACAACGGGUCAUAAGUGUGAAAAACGGUCAUAAGACACUUUUUUUUUUCAGUGCCAACAGUCAGUAAAUGAACUGUUGUAAGUCGAGGACUACCUGUAUUUCCCUUUCUUGACCACCUUUUUUUUUAAAAAAACUGGAGAGGCCGGAGAAUGGAUUUACUGUGUAAUUAAGCCAAUUAUUAUAAUUAUAAUUCUAAGAGUCGGGAACGACUAGCACAUAUGUUCGAGGGGAACCUUUACCUUACUCUAAUUAAGUUCAUUCCCAUACUCUUUUUUUUUUUGGAAGUUAUCAUGGUGGUUCAGUUGCUAAGUCGUGCCCCAUUCUUUGUGACCCAUGGACCACAGCCCACCGGCUCCCUGCCCCAUUCUCCGCUGUCUCCUGGAAUUUGCCCGAAUUCAUGGUCAUCGUGUCGAUCAUGCUCUGUAUUCCCAUUCUCCUUGUGACGUCCCCCUUUCCCAACAUCGGGGUUUUCUUUUAUGCAAGAAUGUUUGCUGAAAAGUUCCAGCUCUCGGUUCUCUCCCAACUUAAAUAAACAUCUCUCAAAAGAU